AUGGAGAAAACCUUAUCUCUGUUUUCCAUAACAUUUGCUAUCUUCUUGUUGAUGCAAUCUCUAAUGCCCACCUUGGCCCUGUCCUCUAUGACCAACAUUACUACCGAUCAAUUUUCCCUUCUUUCUUUGAAAGCUCACAUCACUUCCGACCCUCUCAAAACCUUGGCCACCAAUUGGUCCACCCGCACCUCUCCCUGUGAUUGGAUUGGAAUCACUUGCGGCUCUCCACAUCUCCGGGUGACUCGCAUCAAUCUUUCAGGACUGCAACUUGUUGGUGAAGUUCCUGAGAAAUUAGCAGACAUGUCUUUCCUUGUUUCCAUCAAUUUUCAGGGGAAUAGCUUCAGCGGAAAUCUCCCGGGGUGGUUUAAUCGCUUGCCUAAACUCAAAUACCUCGAUCUGCAAAACAACACUUUUACUGGUUCAUUGCCGUCUUUACUGGGCAACAUCUCGACUUUAGAAGUUUUGAGCCUAGGUGGCAACUUUCUUCACGGAGUGAUUCCUGAAGAGAUUGGAAGGCUUCGUAGGUUGAAGGUGUUUGGCGUUGAGGAUAAUCGGUUGACGGGUACAAUACCGUCCGCUAUUUUCAACAUACCUACAUUACAAGUAAUUGCUUUUACAGCAAAUGACUUGUCUGGUAAUCUCCCUCCCAACAUGUGCGAUAGUUUUACAUCACUUGUGUCCCUUUCUCUAGCUCAAAACAAGUUAUAUGGUGAAAUCCCAAAAGGAUUAUCCAGAUGUGUUCACCUCCAAAACUUGUCACUUUCUUACAACAAUUUUCAAGGGCAGAUACCAAGCGGAAUUGGUAAUUUAAGCAAGCUUGAAAAUUUAGCUCUUGCUGGCAAUCUUCUCAGAGGUGCAAUACCAGAAGAGAUCGGUAAUCUCAUAAGCUUGAAGACAUUGAGAUUAGAACAAAAUGAACAAAUAACCGGGUCCAUACCUCUUGGCAUAUUCAACAUGUCUUCCUUAAAAUAUCUUAAUUUAGGGGCAAAUAGGCUAGUUGGUACUCUUCCAACAAACAUAUGCCAUCAUCUUCCGGGAAUUGAAAAAGUUCUUUUGGAUUAUAAUUUGCUACAUGGUUCAAUCCCAAUAAUGCUUGAUAAAUGCUUUGCACUUCGCACUCUAAACCUGGGCAAUAACCGUUUUACAGGUACAAUAACACCAGCUAUCUUCAAUAUCUCAACACUAGUCGGACUUAGUCUCGCCUUUAAUUCUAUUCAUGGAAGCCUUCCUUCAAGCAUGUGCUAUGGUGUACCAAAUAUACAAGUAAUAUAUUUGAGUGAGAAUAGCUUCAGUGGAGUCCUACCUGAGUCUAUAUCAAAUUGCUCUAUGCUCAAUCGUUUAGACCUUGGCGCUAAUGAAUUUAGCGGUCCCAUUCCCAACUCUCUUGGAAAGCUCGGCUAUCUUACAGAUUUGGUCCUCCCUUUAAAUAAUUUUAGGAAUGAACCUUCUUCUUCCUCAGAAUUGAGUCUUAUUAAUUCCUUGGCAAACUGUAAAUAUUUGGAAGUGCUAGAUUUGUCAGCUAAUCCUUUGCAAGUUGUCCUUCCAGCUUCAAUUGGAAAUCUUUCAACUUCCCUUCAAUACUUAUCUAUUCAAAGUGGUGAGCUGAAGGGUGGCAUCCCAGAAGAAAUUGGAAAUUUGAGCAACUUGGGUGUGUUACUUUUAUCAUUCAACAGCCUAACCGGCCACGUGCCAAAAUCAUUGGGAAACCUACACAACAUUCAAAGAUUAAGCAUUUCUAAAAACAAUAUCAUUGGAGAGAUUUCAAGUGGUUUUUGCCAACUACACAACUUGGUAGAAUUAUACAUGGCGAUGAAUCAGAUAUCUGGUCCCCUAUUGGAUUGCUUUGGUAAUUUGACUUCACUCACAAGGCUUUCACUAGGCUAUAAUCGAUUAACGUUUGGAUUACCCGCAAGCUUAUGGAACCUAACACAUCUGUUGCAGCUUAGCCUGAACUCCAAUUUCUUGAAUGGCUCUAUUUCUAAUGAAGUUGGAAGCUUAAGUGAGUUGGUAACUUUAGAUCUAUCGUAUAAUCAAUUUUCAGGAGGUAUCCCACACACAAUUGGUGCCCUACAGAACUUGCUUAACUUUUCCUUAAGCUACAAUGCACUGCAGGGUACUAUUCCUGAUUCAGUUGGUGACAUUUUGAGCUUAGAAAUCUUGGACUUGUCGUACAACAAUCUCACAGGUUCAAUCCCGAAAUCUUUAGAAAAACUUAGAAAUCUCAAGCGAUUCAAUGUUUCUUUUAAUGAUUUGAGUGGUGAAAUUCCAUCUGGGGGAUGCUUUGCAAACUUCACUUAUCAAGAGUUUGUGUCUAAUGGACCAUUAUGUGGACUUCCAAGGUUUCAUGUCCCACCUUGCAAGGCCAAUCAAGUUCAUAAUUCAAGCAAGAAAAGACUGCUUCUAGUUGCAACUGUGCCAUCAGUAGUGGUAAUAACAAUAUCAGUCAUUGUUGUUGUUUAUCUAUUGGUAUGGUAUAAAAGAAAAAAUAACCCUCCAAAUGUGGUGGAAAACCCUUUGUCUGCAAUAGAAGUACAAAGGAUUUCAUACCAUGAAAUUUUUCGAGCCACCAGUGGAUUCAGUCUUAACAACUUGAUAGGUACUGGGAGUAUUGGAUCUGUUUAUAAGGGCAUUUUGAAUGAUGGGAUGAUGGUUGCAGUGAAGGUAUUUAACCAAUCAGAUGAUGGAGAUAAGAGUUUUGAUGUUGAGUGCCAAGUGUUGCGCAAUGUUCGCCAUCGAAAUCUUACUAAGGUCAUAACAGGUUGCUGUGGAGAGAACUUUAAAGCCUUGAUCCUUGAGUUCAUGUCAAAUGGGAGUUUGGAGGAAUGGUUAUAUUCAGAAAACUCGUUGAGCAUUGGACAAAUAUUCAACAUAGUGAUUGACGUUGCAUGUGCUUUAGAAUAUCUUCACCAUGGUUAUUCAUCAUCUGUAGUCCAUUGCGAUCUAAAGCCUAGCAAUGUCCUAUUAGAUGAAGAAAUGGUUGCCCAUGUUGGUGAUUUUAGUAUAACAAAAUUGAUGGGCACAGAGGAAAGCUUUAUGCAUACUAAGACUUUAGCAACAUUGGGUUACAUGGCACCAGAGUAUGGGUUAAAAGGGAUUGUAUCUACACGGUGUGAUGUUUAUAGUUAUGGCAUUAUGUUGAUGGAAGUCUUUUCAAAAAGAAAACCUACUGACGAGAUGUUCGUCGAAGGCGUAACCUUAAAGAGUUGGAUAAAGGAUUCACUACCUAAUGGUGUAGCUCAAGUGGUAGAUACCAAUUUGUUGGGACAACAAGAUGAAAACUCAAGUGCUGUGUUGGAGUGUGUAUCCACUUUACUAGAAUUGGCUUUAAAUUGUGCAGCUGAAUCUCCUGAUGCAAGGCCAAACUUCAAAGACAUUGUUGUAACAUUGAAGAAGAUCCAAGGGCAGUAUCAAAAAGUUUUUCUUUGAUUGAUCUAACAAUAUUGUCUGAUUUACACAGGGUUUAAGCUGAGGAAUAAUAUAAAGGCUAGGAUGCUUUGAGAUCAGGAAGAUGAACUAAGUAUUCAGUGUGUACCUCCACUCGGAGC